AUGGAGCAAGAAAAGGUCACGCUCGAAGACGAAGCGCAACAAUGGAAAGUUAGAUUUGAAGUUCAGAAACAAGCGGCGGAAGAUCUAAGGAAAAUGGUCGAAGAUCGAGACGCGGAAGGCAUACUCACCGCAGAAGAAGACGGUCUGUCCGAGGAAGCAGCUGAAAGGUCACAGGAAAUAGCAGAAUUGAAAAAUGAGCGUGACCUUUUACAGUCAAAGGUCAAGGAGGCCGAGAAAAAACGUGACGAAUCUCUAGCAAAUGCGACGAAGUUCACCGGAAAGGUCACCAGCUUGACGGCUGACAUCUCGAAACUGAAGGAUGACCUUAAAUUACGCGAAGACCUUGUCAACACGUUACAAACAGAAUUAAAAGAGAUGAAAAGGAAACACAACGAAGCGGAAAGCCAGAGAGAUCAAGCAGCAAAGGAACUGCUUGAACUGGCUGAAAUAACAAAAACUGAAUUCAAGCGACUCAAUGACGAAAUCGACAACCAAAAGAAAGAAGCAAAGAAGUGGUUGAAGGAAGCACAACGGUGUGACGAACGGGUCACUGUGCUAGAAGUCGUGAAUAAAGAAGGAAAGACAGAAAAUGAAAAACAAAAGAAGAGAUCGCCAAAUUGA